AUGGCCUCCAUGGCCUCCUCGGCCUGGAGACCGGAGAUCUAUGCCAUCGAAUGGUGCCAUGCUGGGCUGGGGCUUAGGCCGGCAGGUCCCGGUCUUCGUUCUUCGUUGGUGAAGGCCGCUGCGCGCACGAUGGCGUGGCAAGAGGCGCUGCAGAUGGCAGAGGUGGAGCACUUGGAGCUGCGCAGUCUGAAUGCCCUGCUGAAAGCCGUCGCUGCACAGCAGGCUUUCGAACAGGCAUUACUGGGUGCCGCUGUGGCCACUGCAGAGUGGCAGCGCGCUUUGGCGCUGCUGCCAGCGCCCGUCGCCGACGCCGAUUCCACUGCGGCCUUUGCGGCCUGCGGAAGCGCCCUCAGUCGGCAGCGGCGUUGGAGAGAGGCCCUGCAACUCAUCGAGGUUCAUGGUGUCCAAGAUGCCGCCUUGCUCACAGCGGUUUUGAGUGCCUUGGCCAAAGAGCGGCGCUGGCAGCUGGCACUGAAACUCAUGAAGGCCUCGCCCUGUCGCGACCUAGCUGCGCACAAUGCACUGCUGCACGCCUUAGGCUGGGAAGGUGCUUUCCUGCUUUUGGCGAAGAUGGAGACAGAAGAUCUUCGUCCGGACCUCUUCAGCUACAGCGCCACUUUGGCAGCCUGCAGCCGUGAGAUGCAGUGGCAAGCGGCGCUCCAAGUGAUGCAGGACAUGUCGCUGAUGUCCAUCCGGAGCGAUGCCAUUUGCCGGGGUGCCGCGUUGCGGGCCCUGUCCCUGUGCUUUCGCUGGCGCCACGCGUUGAUGUUGGCAUCGAGCACCAGCAUUCGUUCGCGCCGGCCAUUGGAGGUGUUGGAGGUCAUCGCUGCAUGCCAGGGAGCCACAGCUCAGUCGGGUCUUCAGCAGCUCCUGCCAUUACGAUCCAGGCUGCUGAUGCUACGGCCUCAUGUGACCCUAACGGGUCGAUGCCAGGGGGAAGGAGAGGCCGCAACGUUGGCCCAGAGCCUCUCUGAUCACGGCCUGCUUUGCAAGGGCGCUCUGGGAUUGCAUAUGGGCAUCCGUGCGCAACUCGAGGGUCGCAACAUGGCGCGGCGAGGACCUCUUCCCGCUUUGCCCGCUUUGCCUGCUUCACCGCGGCUCGCAAGCUCGGCGCCGGCGGCGCAGUUUUUGCGCACGUGGCUGGCAUUUCACCUUUGCCUUGGAGGUCGCCGCAUCUCUUCUCCUGGCCUCUGGGUCUCUGGGUCUCGACGCGCAGCCGCAACCGGCGGUAGCUGCCCGCGAAAAAGGGACAAGUGGCGGCAGCCGGCGGUCAAAGUGGGCAAAUGUGAGCAUUUUAAGUGGAGUUGUCUGAAGAUAGACCUGCAACUGGAAGUUUUUUUAGCGUUUUUCAAUCAGCCUUUUGGGGGCACCAAACAUGGCAAACUCAUAGCUUGA